AUGGAACCAAAGCGGAUCAGGGAGGGCUACCUGGUGAAAAAGGGGAGUGUGUUCAACACCUGGAAACCCAUGUGGGUUGUAUUGUUAGAAGAUGGAAUUGAAUUCUAUAAGAAGAAAAGUGACAACAGCCCCAAAGGAAUGAUUCCCCUGAAAGGAAGCACUCUGACUAGUCCCUGUCAGGACUUCGGCAAAAGGAUGUUUGUGUUUAAGAUCACUACAACCAAACAGCAGGACAACUUCUUCCAGGCAGCCUUCCUGGAAGAGAGAGAUGGCUGGGUUCGAGACAUCAGGAAGGCCAUUAAGUGCAUUGAAGGAGGCCAGAAGUUUGCAAGGAAAUCCACCAGGAGAUCUAUUCGACUGCCAGAGACUGUUGACUUAGGGGCUCUGUAUUUGUCCAUGAAAGACACGGAAAAAGGAAUAAAAGAGCUGAACCUAGAGAAGGAUAAGAAGAUUUUUAAUCACUGCUUCACAGGUAACUGUGUCAUCGACUGGCUGCUUUCCAGCAAGUCUGUCCGGAAUCGCCAGGAAGGCCUCAUGAUCGCCUCCUCACUGCUCAACGAAGGGUACCUGCAGCCUGCGGGAGACCUGUCCAAGAACGCAGCGGAUGGGACUGCUGAAAACCCUUUCCUGGACAACCCUGAUGCCUUCUACUACUUUCCAGACAGUGGGUUCUUCUGUGAAGAGAAUUCCAGUGAUGAUGAUGUAAUUCUGAAAGAAGAAUUCAGAGGGGUCAUUAUCAAGCAAGGAUGCUUACUGAAGCAGGGGCAUCGGAGGAAGAACUGGAAAGUGAGGAAGUUCAUUCUGAGAGAAGACCCUGCAUAUCUGCACUACUAUGACCCAGCGGGGGGGGAAGAUCCCCUGGGAGCAAUUCAUUUGCGAGGUUGUGUGGUGACAUCAGUGGAGAGCAACCCAGAUGCAACCAAGAAAAGUGAAGAAGAGAACCUCUUUGAGAUCAUCACGGCCGAUGAAGUUCAUUAUUUCUUGCAAGCGGCCACCCCAAAGGAGCGCACCGAAUGGAUCAAAGCCAUCCAGGUGGCCUCCCGGACUGGGAAGUGA